AUGCUUGUACUGCCAAUCGUCAUCACUCAACCAGAGACGAGCACCGAUUCAACACGCCAUCUUGAAGAACCCAUCAGGAAACUAGUUGUUUACAUACACGAUCAAGCAGCACCAUUAGCAGCAUGCGGCAAGUUCGAAGAAGCUUUGCGCAUCGCCCACUUUGUACAGAAAGCGGCUCCUUCGUCUGGAAUGGGUUACUUGUGUGAAGGUCACGUGCAUCAAAUACAAGGACGAUAUGAAGCCUGCAUGGACAUUUGUGAUCGAGGACUUUCGGCUGUACCAUCAUCUGAUUCUUACUAUCAGCAACUUGUGCAUAUGCGAUCCAUGGCAGCAAAGUACAACACUUUGAAGGUUGAUUUUAUGAAAGAACUUCCUUUGGAAAUCAUCGAGACCAUUGUCCACAAGCUGUUGGCUGGCGUGAAAGUUCGCCCAAAGCAGCUCUGCGAGUAUCUUUCCAUUUCUCGUCUUUGGCAACAAAGGAUCUUGGAGUAUGCACGUGAUUUACAUGUUGUCAGUUCUGGAUUUUACCGCUUUGAAGAAUAUGUCUUGAAACAAUCAGCACCGCGUAUUACAGCAUUGACGCUCCAAUAUGAAGCCGCUCCUUAUCAGCUAUUCCAUCGUACCCAGUUUCCAUCACUGCAAUCUCUGACAUUGCACGAAGUGACAUCUGAUCAUCCUCACCAGCAGGCUGCUGUCUUCGCUUCAAUAGCAUCGGUGCGAUCAACGCUUACACAUUUGGAGAUUCACUUUCCGUAUGAGGAGGAGCAAUAUCCCAUUGAAGACAUUCUUGAUACUUUUCAACUUUUGGUAUCAUUACGAUGCUAUGGUAUCAUCAACGACCUCACUGAAAUGUCUACGAUGGCAACCCAUCCUCAUUUGAAGGAGCUAAAGCUCUUCCCUGACUUUGAGAUCAACUUUGAAUCACAUCAACUUGACAGCUUGACACGACGACUACCAGCCUUGGAGAUAUUGUGCGUCCAUCGAUGUGUGGAUUCAAACGCUUUACCAAUGAUUCAGGACAACUGCCCAAAUCUGAAAUUCAUCAUGUACAACGAUUUCCUGGACGACGAGCCUCACAAGAAACGGAUGAGGACAUGCAGCAAAGGCAAGGAGGAACAACGUGGUUUGCGAGUACUCACUAUGAACCGGGGAUGGGAAGAGGACGAGCUCCAUGUGGAUACCGUGGACGUGGUGACAUCGAUGACACGCAACGCACACAGCCUACAAUCGAUCUAUCUUCGCUUUGAAUGCAUGAGCAUCCCUGAUGUGAUAGAUGUUACCUUUGACCACCUGGCCUAUUUCACCCAUGUGAUCUUUUGUCACGAUGAUCUGACGCUUUCCAUGUGGGUCAUACGCAACUCACCCCAUCUCCAGCACGUUGAGCUGAUCAGAAAACAAUAUCAAUAUGAAGACGAAGGCACCAACACAUAUGAUGAACCUGACGACCCUGAAUUCGACAAUCUCGAUCAAUUGUUUGCCAUGCUAUCAGGUCUACCCCAUUUGGAAGUGGUCAUUGUUCAAAUCAAAGGAAGCAACGCAGCUGCUGGUAUACACCAAUUUCUUGAGUAUCAUACCACCACCACGAUCGAAUCCAAGUUGAGACAUCUUGAUACCCCAUACGAUAACCCGCUGUCAAUCGAUACAUUGGAUAUGCUGACACGAUUACCAUGCCUCGAAGACUUGGACAUCCAACCACCUAUCCAAGGACAAGAUGAUUCAUAUUGGUUUGAUGCAGUGUGUCAGUUCUUGGAGAAGCUUGCAAAAGGAUGCCCGCGUAUACGACGCUUAUCAUUGUACGGCAUUACUGGAGACCAUUUACCAGCCUUACAACAAUUCCCAAACCUGGAAAAGCUAUACGUGGAGACGACUCAAAUCACCCAAGACAACUUGUCGAUCCUUGCAGAUUUCCCGAAACUUGUAGAUGCUCGCGUGGAUAUGUCUAAGCAUUUGGAAAAAUUAGAUCCUGAGGUUCAGCAAGUAUUGAAUAAUAGUAUAUAUACAUUUACGAUCAAUUAG